AUGUAUGUCCGGCGACGUGGGGCGCGUUCUCGCCCUGUAGCGCGAUUCAAGCGGCGGCAGCGCGAGCGGCGCGCGUCGCCGUCGUGGAUUGACCAGAUCGUGAUGUACCUUGUUCUUCUUGUCGAUAUCCUCGUGCUGCGCCCGCUGACCUUGGCCCAAGACACGGCGUACGCGCUCGUCGCCUCGCCGACGUCGCAUCGCAUCCUGAUCCGCACAGCGCUGCUUACUGGGCUGCAUGCAGCGUGCGUAGGCGUGGCGCUCAUUGCCUAUGGCGGAUUCUACUACGCGUGGGUCCCCGACGUCUCGGUCAAAAAGGACGUGUGGCUGCAGUACGAAAACGGCCAAGGCACGCCUCUCACGCGCCCCCUCGCAUCCGUCCUGCUCGACGGCGGCCCGUCGGAUUUACCGGUGUGGCAGAUCGAACCGACGACGCCGCUCUUUAUGGAGAACCAAGAGUACGACGUGUCGCUCGAAAUGCGCGUCCUCCUCGCGCCCCAGAAACAGCCUCGCAACUUUAUGAUCAAUCUCGACCUCUCGUCGCACGAAAAGCAGCUGUACCAGGCGAGUCACUCAACCCUGCUCGUCACCGAGCCCCGCUUUGUGCGCUGGCUCGGGCGCCUCGCACGCGUCGUCCUGCGUCCAUUCCAGCGGGAGCCGAUGGCGCCGGUGCAGACCGUGCGUGUCCCGCUCCUGCACCGCGUCGUGCCGUGGUCAUCCGACCGCCUCAAGUACCCUGGGUCUAAGGGGAUCGGCAAGGGGUACAUGGCGACGCACGCCAACCUCCAGCUCGACCGCUUGGGCAUGCAGCUACCGGUCCAAAGCGCGGCACUGCGCUUUGAUGCGCACCUCACGGGCAUCUCCUAUCUCAUGUACCACCAUUCGCUCGUGUGCCUCGGCAUGUUUGUCGUGCUCUUUGCAGGCGUCGAGUUUAUGGUCGCCGGCGCAUUUUGGCUCCUGCUCACCGUGUACUACUCGCUGCGCCCCAUAGAAUAG